ACGGUCCCUAAGGUGGUGAUAUAGCAAGGAGAACUCAGCAAGUGCUCAUUGAAAACAGUAUGGAAAAAUAUUUAUGAAUUUAUGAAUGAGAAAUAGGUCUGGGUACUCACACGUAGGUGGGACCAGAGCAGGUCUGGAGUAGGAGUGGACCAAUUGGAAAUAGAAGAAUCCAUAUGUAGUCUGCUGUGGGAUUGAGGACAGGUCCACAGUUGCUGUUGUAUACCAACAGUAUCCUGCUCUAUUUCAUGUAAGCUUUGUAUAAAUGUAUUCACAUUGCUAGUCAUUCAAGAUAUUAUGAAGGAUGAUAUUUUAUUCAUGUGGAAAAAUAUAUAUGAGAGUGAAGUACAGCUCAGGUUACAGGUGGAUUCAUAAUGUCAGGCAGCUAUUUGGAACAAGCUGUUACAUGCCUGUUGUGUAAAAAACAAGGAACUGAAGAGGCUAUGUCGGGCUACGCUCAUCACGCUUACCAGUAGAUAAAAGUAAAUAUCAGUAAUGACAGCUUGCAAAGCUACUAAGUACAUUCUUUUUAUAUGCUGCUACAUAUUCUGGGUGGGCAGCGGGGUUAUGAUUGCUGUAGGCAUCUAUGCUAAAGUAGCCAAGGAAAACGAUGUAGUGGAUACUUUGGCAACAGAUCCAGCUCUCCUGUUGCUGACUGUAGGAUCCCUCACAUUCAUCAUAACAUUCCUCGGGUGUUUCGGAGCACUGCGAGAUAGUGCCAUUCUGCUGAAAAUAUUUUUAGGAAUUUUAAUGGUCAUCCUGUUCCUGCAAAUCGCUGCUGCUGUUCUGGGCUUUCUCUUCUCAGACCUGGUUCUAAAGAGGACAGAACUGCUAAUGAAGAAAGCCAUUGUAUUAUAUCGAGAGGACAUGGAUUUAGAAAAUGUGAUUGACUUUGUGCAGAAGAAGUUCCUGUGUUGUGGAGCGAAUUAUUACUCAGACUGGUCUCAGAACGCAUAUUUCAACUGCUCUGUGAAUAACCCCAGUCUGGAAGCCUGUGGUGUGCCUUUUUCCUGCUGUGUACGGCAGCAGAAUGAGACUGUGUUCAAUUCCAUGUGUGGCUACAAAAGUCAGGGGAUAGACGAAUCCUUAGUCAAGGAACGCAUUUAUAUCAACGGCUGCCUGAACAAAAUAGUGCUGUGGGGGAAACAGAACCUGCUGCUGGUUGGAGGGAUCAGCAUUAGCUUGCUCUGCCUCGAGAUAUGUAUGAUCUCACUGGCAGCUGCUCAGCUCAGCCAAAUCCAGAAAAAGGAGAGGAAGAAAGCAAAUUAUAGGCCAAAAUGAGAAAUGAAAGACUACUGACCACUAAAAUGAACAACGCUCAACUAAUAAAGCCCCCAAAUGCUGGUUUCUCAAAGAAGGACACACGUGCUGGACUGUUUAGUCUUGAGUAAGUUCAUGAAGUUGAACUGAGCUGGAU